CCCCAUAUUUCCGCUUAUUUAAUUGCGCAAUUUGCUUUUCGUUUUCUUUGCACCGCACCUCCGUGGUAUCAAUUAUCAUCAUCGUCUACGUCGUUCUUUCUUUAGAAAUGUGUGGUAUUGUUUUCUGACCUUUCGCAAUCUGGAUCUAGGGUUUCCCCCCUCCGCUUCUCUUCUCCCCGGCCUCUCGUCGACACUUUCCUCCACCACCAGCUUAAAGCCUUAACAUCACAGCCAGAACAGAGACACAUACAAACAACAAAUCACAGAUCGCAAACCCUAGCUCCACCGUUUCCCCCACCCCCGCCGUCGCCGACGCCGACGACCUUUUUCCCCGUAUUACGAGACCUGAACCUUGGUAAUAUCCAAAGCAAUCGAAGAAGAUCGAUUCCGAUCGUCGGCGGUGCGAUUCGGAGUUAAACCAACGUGGGUUCUUCGUCAUCGAAUCAUAUUACUAUCAUCUUAAUUCUUAAACACGAUUUGAGCCUUAAAAGGAAAAUUUCCCCCCCUUCCAUCUUUUCCUUUUCUCUUGUUUUCUUUCUCUCUGCUGAGAAACUUGUCGAUCGAUUCGAUGUGGACGAAGGCCAGGACGAUGACGAGACUUGGGUUUCCGAUUGACUGACUUUGGGAUUUGACCGCUUGAAAAAGGAAACAAGUCUCCACUGAAAACCUAGGCUUUAAAAGAAAGGAAAUCGAAACCCCCUUGACCGAUUUUGUCGGUGAAGAGAUGAUGGGGAAAUCGGCGGUGGUGUAUAGAGGGGAGGAGUUGAUGGGGGAAGUAGAGAUUUACGCGCAGCAGAAGGAAGGAGAAGUGGUGGUGGAUGGAGAGAACAAGAGCUUCAACUUGAGGAACAAGAACAGGGUAAUUGACGAGAUACUGGUUUCCGGCAGGGAAAUCAGAAUAACCCACUUCUCCCCGGCGAGUGAGAGGUGCCCGCCGCUGGCGGUGUUGCAUACCAUUACCUCGACUGGGAUACUAUUCAAAAUGCAGCCCAGGAAUCUGCCGCUGCCUCAGCAGCAGCAGCUCACGCCGCUGCAUUUCCUGCACUCCACACUUAUCCAAGAGAACAAGACUGCAGUGAUGCGGGUAGGAGGGGAUGAGCUCCAUUUGGUCGCAAUGCAUUCCCGAACUAGCGAAAAGCCAUGUUUCUGGGGAUUCCUCGUUGCAGCAGGGCUGUAUGACUCAUCCCUUGUCAUGCUGAACUUGAGAUGCCUUGGCAUUGUAUUUGAUCUUGAUGAAACUCUAAUCGUUGCAAACACGAUGAGAUCUUUUGAAGAUAGAAUCGAUGCUCUGCAGAGGAAAAUAAGCACCGAGGUAGACCCACAGCGGGUUUCAGGUAUGCUGGCUGAAGUGAAGCGUUAUCAGGAUGACAAGAACAUAUUGAAGCAAUACGCUGAUAGUGAUCAGGUGACUGAUAAUGGGAAGGUGUUGAGAACUCAGUCUGAGAUAGUCCCUCCAGUUUCCGACAGCCAUCAGCCUAUAGUGCGUCCUUUGAUUCGGUUACCAGACAAAAACAUUAUUCUGACUCGCAUCAAUCCUCAGAUUCGUGACACAAGUGUUCUUGUGAGGUUGAGGCCUGCAUGGGAGGAUCUGAGAAGCUACUUGACUGCUAGAGGUCGUAAGCGUUUUGAAGUGUAUGUCUGCACAAUGGCUGAAAGAGACUAUGCUUUAGAAAUGUGGAGGCUACUUGAUCCAGAGUCAAAUUUAAUAAACUCAAAAGAACUUUUGGACCGCAUUGUGUGUGUCAAGUCUGGUCUAAGGAAGUCUUUGUUCAAUGUCUUCCAAGAUGGAACCUGUCAUCCUAAGAUGGCAUUGGUGAUUGAUGAUCGUUUGAAAGUUUGGGAUGAUAAUGAUCAAUCUCGGGUGCACGUUGUUCCUGCAUUUGCUCCAUAUUAUGCUCCCCAAGCUGAAGCAAAUAAUGAAAUUCCAGUUUUAUGUGUGGCAAGAAAUGUUGCAUGCAAUAUUAGAGGCGGUUUUUUCAAAGAUUUUGAUGAGGGUCUUCUGCAAAAAAUACCCGAGAUUUCAUACGAAGACAAUAUUUCAGAUAUUCCGUCUCCUCCUGAUGUGAGCAAUUACUUGGUUUCAGAGUCAUAUUGUCCAUACAAGGAUGACCCCUCAGCUUCAAGUGGAAACAGAGAUCCCCUUUCUUUUGAUGGUAUGGCAGAUGCUGAAGUUGAACGGCGACUAAAGGAAGUAGCUUCAACUUCUUCAGUCUUACCUCCAGCAGUUCCCACCCUGGACUCAAGGCUGGUAUCAUCUCUUUUCACGAUGGCGUCUUCUUCACGAUCAAUUCCACUGCCAACUACACAGCCAUCUGUCAUGCCAUUUUCUAAUGCACAGUUUGCUCCGGCACCUUCGUUAGUUAAACCUUUAGGUCAGGUUGGCCCUGCAGAUCCAAGUUUCUCUGGUUCUCCUGCUAGAGAAGAAGGUGAGGUUCCAGAAUCCGAGCUAGAUCCUGAUACGAGAAGGAGACUACUUAUAUUGCAACAUGGGCAAGAUUCGAGAGACUUGCCACCUGUUGAGCCUCCAUUUCCAGGAAGACCUCAGGUACAAGUUGCAGCCCCACGUGUGCAAUCUCGUGGAAGUUGGGUUCCGGCAGAGGAAGAGAUGAGUCCUAGACAGCUGAACAGACCGAUACCUAGAGAAUUUCCGCCGGAGCCUGUGCCAAUGCAUCUUGAAAAACACCGACCUCAUCAUCCCUCAUUUCCCCCUAAGGUUGAUACUUUUAUUCCACCUGAUAGAAUGGUUCAUGACAAUCAAAGAAUGCCAAAAGAGGUACCUUACAGAGACGACAGGCCAAGGUUAGGCCACACCUUGUCCAGUUACCAUUCUUUCCAAGGUGAGGCUAUACCAUCGAGUCGUUCAUCUAGCAACAGGGACCUUGACUUUCAAAUGGAAAGACCUGUUUCAACUGCAGAAUCUCCCGUUAGAGUGUUGCUGGAUAUUGCAGUGAAGUGUGGUACCAAGGUGGAUUUCAGGCAUUCGUUGGUUGCUAGCAGGGAUCUACAGUUCUCCACUGAGGUUUGGUUUGCAGGAGAUAAAGUUGGUGAAGGUAUUGGCAGGACUAGAAGAGAAGCCCAACGUGUGGCAGCUUUUGUUUCUCUGAAGACUCUUGCUACAUUGAAAAUGGAGUCACUUCAUGCCGUUGGAAAUCUGACAUUGGUGUGCACCAUGUUUAUGCAAGGUAUGUAUACUUCACGUUCGAUGCCAGAUUCUGUAUCUUUGCAUGGAGAUGCAGGGAGAUACUCUGGUGUCAACGAAAAUGGUUUCUCUGCUAAUGUUGGUUCAUUUGGCGAUCAAUCAGCUCCAAAGGAUGAUAUUGUAUCGUUUCCUCCCCUGGAUCCGAGGUUUGAAGGUUCUAAGAGAUUCUCGGGUUCAGUUACUGCUCUCAAAGAUUUUUGCAUGAUGGAAGGCCUUGGGAUGAGAUUUCUCCCAGAGACUCCCACGUCAGUUAAUUCUGAUGAAGUCUAUGCACAGGUUGAAGUAGAUGGACAGCUUAUGGGGAAGGGCAUUGGAUCUACAUGGGAUGAAGCUAGAAUGCAGGCUGCUGACAAGGCUCUUGGAAGUCUAAGAACAAUGUUUGGUCAAUCAACACCGAAGCGUCAGGUCUCCCCUAGGUCCUUGCAAGGGAUGUCAAACAAACGUAUGAAGCCAGAUUUCCCACGAAUGGUGCAGCAGCGGAUGCCUGCUUCUGCUCGAUACCCAAAGAAUGCCCCUGCUGUCCCUUGAAGAACCUUAUUAUGAUUCCCGCUUGUUCCAGUUUUGAUCUAGAGAAGCAAGCAAGUGUUGAAAAAAGAUCCUAAUCUACCAGUUGCAUAGUUGGAGGGCGUUUGGGUUGCCUUUUCCAUUGAUGAAGGAUCUGAAUUCAGCGGAAGCUUAUGGCCUGUUUGCUCUCUCGAGGCACAGAUGGCGGUCCGUGCCUGAAGCUCUCUCCCGAAUGCAACAGAUUCAGUUGCUUCUGCCUUGAUUGAAUGUUCUUCCUCCGCCACUAUCCGACAGCAGCCUUUUUGCCCAAUCGUCGGUGUGAUCAAUGCCAGUUGUGAAUCGUGAUUGACGAAUGCCAUCCAUCUGCAAAGCAGGCAGUGGCCGGAAGAAACAUAUUUGAUUUCGGAAGAUGUUUAUGUAUAUUGAUAAACAUGAGCAGGGAAGCAGCAAUCGGGCAAAUCGCAGCCAAGCUCCAUUUCCAGACCACUGAUCCCAACCUCUUCGACGGUGUUCGUGUAAAGCCCUGUAGAUUAACCCUGGAAGCUGCUGCAUGGGGUUGCUGCCUUGCAGUGCAGUUCAGCUUUGAUCUCGAUCAUUGUGCAGUGGUGUCACUUUAAGGUUGUAACCGCGCGGCAGAUUGAAAUGUCCUCCAUGACCAUGUGGAGAGCUCUGUAGUAUACCAGAAUUGCUAGUCUUGUAGUGUAGGUGUAUUGUUAUCUGGGUUGAUUGCCCAGAAUUGGUUGUAGGGUAUUUUAUAGCCGGGGAGAAUAUUAAUGGGCUGGAUCUUUGUAAUAGUUAUAAAGCCCAAAGUGACGAGCAGGCCCAUGAUCAUCGGCAAUACCCGACACGUCGCCCAUCGGAAAUGCGCAAGGGGUAUAAGUGUAAUUUGAUAUUUAGAUUAUUUUAGUGUCGUUGUAAAGAAGAGAGCCAGGAAAUGUUCUCUUUGCAGAAUUUUCUGGAUUUAAUAUCAGCUUGUAAUGUAAAAAUUCGUUUCAUUUUAAUUUUAUUCUGCUC